AUGAACAUCUCCGGCCCGGCCGUCGCGACGGCAUGGCGGGCGUUCCAGCGCGAGUACCCCGGCGCCGCGCUGGUGGUGCUGCAUGAUGAGCUGGAGAGCGCGUUGGGGGUUUCUGGCGAAGGCGGUGGGGGGGGGUAUACGAGGGUUGGGGUUGGGAUUGGGAGGCCGGUUGCGAGGGAGGGGGGGGAGGUCGCGAAGUAUGUGUUGAGGAAGAUGACGGGGGGGGAGAGGGAGGCGUUGGAGGGGUGUGUGGGGGGGGUUAUGGAGGAGUUGGAGAGGUUGCUUGAGGGGGAGAGGAAGUGAAAAGAAGGGGGGGGGGAGCGAUUGUGAUACCUUGGUGGGAUGGGGAGCGGAUAUUGUCACGUUGUACGAUUAUAGCGAGGAAGCGGAUGUAGGAAUAGUUGCUGUAUUGUCACUUUGACAACAGCGAAGAUGAUACCCAAAGAAUAGAUCUCAUUGAUUCCCACCCCACGAGCAGUUACAUUAGUAAACCACCAUAUCAGAGGCGCGAACCACGAGUCAGUCGAACAGGGAUUACAUCCACACUGGCUCUCCUCCAGGUCCCAUUUAAGUAUAUAAAAGCAUCGCCCAAGCCCCAACGCCAACCCAUCCAUCCAUAU